AUGCAAUUAACAAAUCAAACCCAAGUGUCUGAAUUUGUGUUUCUUGGUUUAUCUGAUCUAACAACGCUCCAGCUGCCACUAUUUCUGGUGUUUCUCCUCAUCUACCUGUUGUCUUUGACUGGGAAUCUUCUGAUAGUCCUCCUCAUCUUCAGUGACCCUCACCUCCACACACCCAUGUAUGGGUUCCUGUGCAAUCUCGCUGGCCUGGAUGUCUUUUACUCUUCUGUCACCGCUCCACGGAUGCUCUCUGAUUUUUUCUCAGACACCAAGGCAAUCGCAGUUCCUGCCUGUAUCACUCAGUUCUACUUCUUCUUCUCCUUUAUAUGUAUUGAACUCUACUUGCUGGCCGUGAUGUCCUAUGACAGAUACAUAGCAAUCUGCCACCCUUUGCACUACAUUCAGAUGAUGCAUCCCAAGAUCUGUGCUCAGAUGGUUUCUGCUGCGUGGUCAGUUGGCUUUCUCACGUCCUUAAUACACACAGUAUGCAUAGAAAGAUUGUCCUUCUGUGGUCCGAACAUCAUCAAUAGCUUCUUCUGUGAUCUACCCCAGUUAUUUUUGCUGUCAUGUACAGAUACCUUCAUCAAUGUCUUAGUAAUGUUUCUUGUAGGUAUAAUAAUGGGGUCUGGUGCUCUUGGUAUAACAUUUGUCCCAUACAUUGAGAUAUUUCGCACUAUAAUGGGGAUACAAUCACAGAGAGGGAAGCUGAAGGCCUUGUCCACCUGCACUUCCCACCUAACAGUAGUCUUCAUCUUCUAUGGGACUCUAGUUUCCACAUAUCUCCGUCCCAGCCCAAGUUCCACUUCAUCCGAGGAUCGUCUGGUGUCAGUGGUAUACACAGUCGUUACUCCAUUAAUCAAUCCUCUUAUUUACAGUCUAAGGAACAAAGACCUUAAGGAGGCUUUCAGAAGGGCGAUGCACAGGGCUGGCAUAGAUAAAGUCUUCAAGAUCUCUGCUGCAUAG